CACACCUCCAGACUUCAUGUAGCUUCAGAGUUCAUCACUACACACCUCUAAACUUCAUGUAGCUUCAGAGUUCAUCACUACACACCUCCAAACUUCAUGUAGCUUCAGAGUUCAUCACUACACACCUCUAAACUUCAUGUAGCUUCAGAGUUCAUCACUACACACCUCUAAACUUCAUGUAGCUUCAGAGUUCAUCACUACACACCUCCAAACUUCAUGUAGCUUCAGAGCUCAUCACUACACACCUCCAAACUUCAUGUAGCUUCAGAGCUCAUCACUACACACCUCCAAACUUCAUGUAGCUUCAGAGUUCAUCACUACACACCUCCAAACUUCAUGUAGCUUCAGAUUAGAUCAGCAACAGUAGAGAGUAGAGAGACUCAUGGAAUGGAGAGUUUCUAUGAUCGAGCAGCUUUAUCUAGGCCUCAAAUCAAACACAGCAAUGCAGGAGAGCAGAUACAUCACGAGUCAGGGUCAGUAUUGUUUUAUUGGGCUAUAAAAGGAAAGAUAGGUACAACAACCAGGAAAUAAGAUCUGGACUUUGUUCGAGCUGCUGUGUGGGACAGUUGUGUUUCUCUUGCUGUGAGUUCAGUAAAAUGGCAGAAGCUAAUGUUCCAUUGACUCAGGAUGAGUUCAGCUGUUCAGUCUGCCUGGAUCUCCUGAAGAAUCCAGUGACUAUUCACUGUGGACACAGUUUCUGUAUGGUGUGUAUUAAUGAUUGCUGGGAUCAGGAGGAUCAGAAGAAGAUCUACAGCUGCCCUCACUGCAGACACACCUUCACCUCAAGACCUGUCGUGAGUAAAAACACCAUGCUGGCUGAGGUGGUGGAGAAACUGAAGAAGACGAGACUCCAGGCUGCUCCUCCUGAUCACUCUUCUGCUGAUCCUGAAGAUGUGGAGUGUGAUUCCUGUACUGGGAGAAAACACAAAGCCGUCCAGUCCUGCCUGGUGUGUCUGGCCUCUUACUGUGAAGCUCACCUCCAGCCUCACUACCAAUCUCCAGCCUUUAAGAAGCACAAGCUGGUCAAAGCCUCCAGACGACUCCAGGAGCAGAUCUGCUCUCAGCACGAUAAACUGCUGGAGGGUUACUGUCGCACCGACCAGCAGUGUAUCUGCAUGCUGUGUACCAUGGAUCACCAUAAAGGACAUGAUACAGUGUCACUUAAAGCAGAAAGAUCUGGGAAACAGAAGCAGGUGGUGGAAACACAGAGGAAAUACAAGAAGAGAAUCCAGGAGAGAGAGAAGGAGCUUCAGGGGUUAAUAGAGGCUGUGGAGACUCAAAAGCGCUCUGCUCAGACAGCAGUGAAGGACAGUGAGAAGAUCUUCACUGAGAUGAUCCUCUCCAUUGAGAGAAGACGCUCUGAGGUGAGGCAGAUGAUCAGAGAUCAGGAGAAAGCUGCAGUGAGUCGAGCUGAAGAACGUCUGAAGAGACUGGAGCAGGAGAUCACAGAGCUGAAGAGGAGAGAUGCUGAUCUGGAGAAGCUUUCAUUCACAGAGGAUCACAUCCAUUUCCUCCAGAGUUUUCAGUCUCUCUCAGCUCCUCCUGGAUCUUCAGCAUCACCUGCUUUUACUCUCAGUCCUCUCAACACUUUUGAAGUUGUUAUGAAGUCUGUUUCUCAGCUGAGAGGAAAACUAGACGAAUUCUGGAAAGAGGAAUUUAAGAAGACAUCAGCUGCAGUGAAGAAAGUGCAGAUCAUUCUUCCUCCUGAACCCAAAAGCAGAGAAGACUUCCUGCAGUAUUCCUGUCAGCUCACACUGGAUCCAAACACAGCCCAUAAACAGCUCCUCCUGUCUGAGAGGAACACAGUGGUGACCCGCAGCAGAACAGUCCAGCCAUAUCCUGACCAUCCAGACAGAUUUGAUGGAUGGCCUCAGGUUCUGUGUAGAGAGAGUGUGAGUGGACGCUGCUACUGGGAGGUUGAGUGGGGAGCAUAUGGAGGGGUUCUUUUAGCAGUGUCUUAUAAAAGCAUCUCCAGGAAGGGAGGCGGGGAGUGUGGGUUUGGAUUUAAUGUUCAGUCUUGGAGUGUGUUCUGUGAAUCCUCCAGAUACACAUUCAGAUACAAUAACAGAGAUACUGUAAUGUCCGGAGUGCCCGUCUCCUCUAGAAUAGGAGUGUAUGUGGAUCACAGGGCAGGAACUCUGUCCUUCUACAGCAUCUCUGAUACCAUGACCCUCAUCCACAGAGUCCAGACCACCUUCACUCAGCCGCUCUACGCUGGGUUUGGGUUUAGCUUCAACUCAUCAGUUAAUCUUUUACUUUCAGCAAAAUAGAUGAACAUGAAGAACAAAGAGAAGAGCUGGAUGAGAUCAGAUAAGAACUGCAGAAUCUAGACUGUAGAGCUGAUCAAAUACAUGUAUAAUAGUGAUGGGCUAUAUUGAAAGAAAAGUCUAUAUUUGUUCAA